AUGGCAUCUCACUCAAUGGCUGAUACUUUCGCCAAGCGAGCCACGCAGCUCCGCGAGUACAUCUUCUCUCAACCAACCAGCACCUUCGAGAACAACCCCUGGGCCGUGGCAAAUGCUAUUGACGAGUUCGCUGAAAGCCAAGGCCGCAUGAUGAUCUUUAAAAAGGCAAAGCUGGAUGUAGCGCAAGCACAGCUUGUAGCUCAACAGCCUGCACCACGCACGAUCCUUGAGUUUGGCACCUUUGUGGGGAAAUCAGCCGUGGCCUGGGGUGCUGUUCUACGCGAUAUUCACGGCGAGAAUGUGCCGGAAGACGUGAAUGUGUAUACUUUUGAGGUUGAUCCGCUGAUGGUCUCUCUUUCACGAGACUUGAUCAAACUUGCCGGUCUCCAAGACGUGGUGCAUGUCCUCGAGGGUCCUGCGUCCGAGUCACUGAAGAAGCUCCAUGCCGAGGGAAAAGUGGCCAGUGUAGAUAUGGCAUUCUUCGACCACUGGGAGGAGUUCUAUCUGCCAGAUCUGCAGUUGAUUGAAGACUUGAAGCUGUUCCGAGUUGGAUCUCUGGCUAUUGCGGAUAACACUGAUUUCCCUGGGGCGCCGGAUUAUUUGAAGUAUGUCAAGGCUGGAGGGAGGGGAGUCGCUGGGUCUGUUAAGUAUGAGAGUCAGUCAUUUACGACGGAGAGCCAACCGAGUAAACCAAGUAUUGUUGAGGUCAGCAAUGUGGUGGCUAUCUAG